CCAGUGGCUGUAAUUGUAAAUCCAUCUUCUCUCUCUAUUUCGUCGGUUUCCAUCAGCCAUUCCUCCUUCAAUUGCUUGGAUCGAUUUACCUUUCUCUCAAUCUCUUUCUCGAUUGCGUGCGCUGGCAUCGACAAUCAUCGAUUCAAUUUCGUAGAUCCGCAUCACUCACCGAUUCCAACCUGGAUCCGGAACCGAUCCGACAUUGUAUGGCGGCGUCACGGCGGCUCCGGGAGCUCCAAUCGCAAUCCGGCAACAAGAUCUGCGUCGAUUGCUCCCAAAAGAACCCCCAAUGGGCGUCGGUUUCGUACGGCAUAUUCAUGUGCCUCGAGUGCUCCGGCAAGCACCGGGGCCUCGGCGUCCACAUCUCCUUCGUCCGAUCGGUCACCAUGGAUUCGUGGUCCGAGAUCCAGCUGAAGAAGAUGGAGCUCGGAGGCAACGACAAAUUCAACAAUUUCAUCUCGCAGUACGGCGUCCCCAAGGAAACCGACAUUGUUGCCAAGUACAACAUGAAGGCUGCCGCUGUCUACCGCGAUCGCAUCCAGGCGCUUGCCGAAGGAAAGCCCUGGCGCGAUCCUCCGGUUGUGAAGGAAUCGUUGAAUUCGAAUAAGAAUGGUUACAAUAGCAAGCCCCCUUUGAGCGGCAGGAAUGGCGAUUCUGGUGGUGUCGAUGCGGAGUGGGAUAGUUGGGAUAGCUUCGACGACGGCGGAAAUAGUAAUAUCAGGAGAAAUAAUACGGUAGGGGAUUUUAGGAGCGGUGGUAGUGGCGGCAACACGCCGUCGCGGUCUAAGUCGUCGGAGAACAUGUAUUCGCGGGCUGAGUUGGAAGCGUCCGCGGCGAAUAAGGGGGAUUUCUUCGCGAGGAAGAUAUCGGAGAAUCAGUCGAGGCCAGAGGGGCUGCCGCCUUCGCAAGGUGGCAAGUAUGUGGGGUUUGGAUCGACUCCAUCGCCUGCUCCUGUGAAGAACGCCGAUGGGGAUGUCCUUUCGGUUGUUUCUCAGGGCUUUGGUAUGCUAUCAAUGGUGGCUGCAUCAGCGGCGCAGUCGGCCGCUAGCGCUGUUCAAGCUGGAACCAAGGAGAUCUCCUCCAAGGUAAGAGAUGGGGGUUAUGAUCACAAGGUGAAUGAAACUGUCAAUGUUGUUACCGCAAAGACAUCGGAGAUAGGUCAGAAAACAUGGGGGAUGUUUAAAGGGGUUAUGGCUCUGGCCUCCCAGAAGGUUGAGGAGUUAACAAAAGAAGGCUCUGGCUCGCCGAGAAAUGAGGAUGAAAAUAAUGGUUAUUAUCAGGAUUCUGUACAGGGGUACAAUUCUUCUUCUGUUGGAGUGCAAUCAUCAUCGAGUCAGCAUUUUAACUCUGUUUCAUGGGAUGAUUGGGAUGCUAAAGACAGCAACAAAGAAAAGUCACCAAAGGGGACGACUUUACAGAACGGGGAUGACUGGGCAGGGUGGGGGGAUGACGGUAAAGAUGAUGGAUUCGAUGAUUUUUAUCAGAGUGCACCUGAUAAGAAGUCGACAGUGGGUCAUAAUGGAAAAACGGACAGCAACUGGUCGGAGGGUGGGUUUAGAUGAGGUUAGAGUAUCUCAUUCCCCUCCCUGUUUAUUUGAUUUUUCAGAUUGUUCACUAUAAACCAUUUGUGGUGGGUUUGUGGAUGAAAGUGGUCUACAAUUGUAAAACUUCCGGUAGUGGACCUGCAGAUACUGUACGGGUUACUUAUUUGUGUUGCGAGGACAAUUUUUUCCCAUUAUAAGAUUUAUUUAGACUGCA